CACUGUUCGUGUGUUGCCUAUCAACCGCUCGUACAUACACCGGCCCGACACAUCACAGCCAUGCUAGGGCUUGUUGAGUAUCAGUGUCGUACAGAUGAGACACUAACUGAAUGAUGGACUAAUCCUCUGCAUUUUGUUUUUCCCAACACUAUUAAACCGUUUUGAGGAAAUAUUAACCUGGAGUUCUGAGACUGUUACGGUUAUUUGGGUAUUACAGAAGUAGCUAGCCGAAAGCUACUUUGGCUUUGACCACUGCGGCCAGGUGGAGUUUCAGCAUGCAGCAGUACUGAGGAUGCUGAUUGUCUUAGCUUUGCUCGUGAUGGCUGCGACCGGUGAAGCUGAGGUCUGCACAGGCACUGACAACUGCUCCAACUCCAAUGGCUCCAAGGACUUCUGCUAUUCGGCCCGGAUCCGCAGCACCGUGCUCCAGGGCCUGCCCUUUGGAGGAGUGCCCACCGUACUUGCCCUUGACUUCAUGUGCUUCUUGGUGCUGCUAUGUGUGUUCUCUUUCUUGAGGAAGGUGGCAUUUGAUUAUGGCCGUCUUGCAUUGGUCUCUGAUGCUGACAGCCGUAGGCAGAAUCCACAGUAUCAACGUCUGGACGAUCAGGAGGAAUAUGUGGGCUCCGCCAUGCAGACGCCUGCUGACUCCCGAUACGAGCGUCUCACCUCUGUGUCCAGCUCACUCGACUUUGAGCAAAGGGACAAUGGCUUGUGUUCCUGGCUAACCGCCAUCUUCAGGAUAAAAGAUGACGAGAUCAGGGAGAAGUGCGGUGAGGAUUCUGUGCACUACCUCUCAUUCCAGCGGCACAUCAUUGGUCUGUUGGUAGUGGUAGGUGUGCUCUCCGUGGGCAUCGUCCUGCCCGUCAACUUCUCAGGAGACCUGUUAGAAAAUAAUGCCUAC